AUGCUUGCCUUAUAUUCGCUAGUCGUACUAUUUCCCUUGACAUUUGCAGCCCCACACAACUCGCCAGUCUACGUUCGGAUAGAGACCGAUCCUUCAAAGUCAUUUGAUGUUGGACCUUACGAUCGCACACGAUUUGAUCUCGUCGAGCAGUUUCAUCCACUUCAAACAGCAUCCGUAGCUACAGGCGAACAACUCCUCGAAGUCAAACGACGUGUUGCUGGAGUAAAAUCACAUCAGCCACGAUUUGCAAUGCAAGAUACUGCAUUUGACGAUUCAUCAGUAGGAAAUGAUGGUGAAGCCCUGUCACCGACAGAAUCUCCCGAUGUUAUUCGACUUGUAUUCGGUGAAUGGAGCGCAUGGAGCGAUUGGACCCCAUGCAUGUCUGGAGAACGAAGCCGUGUACGAGCUUGCAGUUCGAGAAGACCAGCACUUCGAGUGGUAUGCCACGGUGAUGCAAAGGAGACACAAAGGUGCUUCUACUCGCCAUUGGAUGCUCAGAUACCCGUUGCAAAAGAUCCAUGGACUAUCGAACGCGAAAUCAGUGGCGAUUUUAUUUGA